UUGACUCUAAGCAGCUGACUGAGUGGUCAUGUGACUAAAGAGGAAGCAGGCGAGAUGAGCGCAGUGUACGGAGGAGUGGAGGGCGGUGGGACACACUCUAAAGCAGUACUGGUUUCUGCUGAGGGACACAUCCUCGCUGAGACAGAUGGACCAUGUACCAAUCACUGGUUGGUUGGUGUUGAUAAUUGUAUUAAUGGUAUCAAUGACAUGGUCCAGAGGGCUAAAAUCAAGGCAGGGCUGGACCCGGACACACCAGUUUGUUCAUUGGGUAUGUCUUUAAGUGGUGGAGAGCAGAAAGCUGCUAUCCAGAAGCUGAUUGAUGACAUGAGGGAGCGAUACCCCAAGCUGAGCCAAAGUUAUUUUAUUACCACCGAUGCCAUUGGCGCUAUGGCCACUGCCAGUGACUAUGGGGGUAUAGUGGUGAUAUCAGGCACUGGUUCGAACUGUAAGCUGGUCAAUCCAGAUGGGACACAGGUUGGCUGUGGGGGUUGGGGUCACAUGAUGGGAGACGAGGGCUCAGCAUAUUGGAUUUCUCACUUGGCUAUUAAAACGUUUUUUGAUGCCAGAGAUAACCUCGUCACAUCCCCUCAUGAUAUCAACUAUGUUAAGAAGGCCAUGGAAGAAUAUUUCCAGGUAUCGGACUUGAUGGGAAUGCUUCCUCAUUUGUACAGAAUCUUUCAGAAGUCACAUUUUGCAGGGUUCUGUAGGAAACUAGCUGAAGGUGGCAGUGCUGGUGAUGCUUUGUGCCAGCACGUGUUCACAGAAGCUGGAAAAGCGCUUGCACGCCACAUUGUAGCAGUCCUUCCUAAAGUACAUCAGGAUCUGUUUUCUGGUGAGCUUGGCUUGCCUGUUCUAUGUGUCGGUUCUGUGUGGCGCAGCUGGGAACUGAUGAAAUCUGGUUUCGCUCAGGUCCUCUCAGAGGCUCAGGCUCAUGGUUACAGUCACUUCCAAAAGUACAGUCUGCUUACACUUCGCCAGUCCUCCGCUCUGGGUGGCGCCAAAAUGGGGGCCAAGAACGCAGGAGCCAGCCUCCCUCUGGACUACUCUGCCAAUGUCAACGUGUUUUUCAGCCAUACCUUCAAUCAAUGAUCUGGAAGAAACAGACCUUUGAGAUGCCGCUGAAGAACUGAAUUGGGAACAUCCUGUUUUUAAACCGAUAGAGAAAUGUGAUUCCAGAUUUUCCUCUUGUUGGGGCUGUUUCUCAAACACCCAUAUCAUAUUAAACAAAAAAUUAAGUAGAUUUGAAAAAAGCUAUAUGUAAAUUUUGGUAACGUUUCAAUGUCAUGGAAAAAUUUUUUUAAUAAACAUUGCA